AUGGAGAAUCUCAAAUCUACCAUGCUUGCUUCCAGAGCGUCUGGGACAUGCGCAAAUUACUUGAGGGCGUUUAACAAGUGGAGACCCUUUGCUAGUGAUGUCUUGGGUACCUCGGAGUUUCCAGUCAGACCAAUCGAUUGUGCCCUCUACUUGCAACACCUCCUCGAGUCGUCCAAGUCCAUCGCUUCCAUCAACUGCGCCUUUUACGCGUUCAAGUGGGUACAUCUUCUUGCAGGCGUCGACUCUCCAACAUUACACCCUACUGUUAUUGCCAUAAAGGAAGGAGCUGUUCGCCUUGCCAGUCAGCCAAUAGUCAAUAGAAAGGAGCCCCUGGACGCCCACCACCUCAAGGUCCUUGCUGCAGAGACUAAUCUAGAAGACCUUUUACAAUUACGAAAUUUAGUAAUGUUCAUUCUCGCAUUAUCCGGUUUUCUUAGAAGUUCCGAGUUAUGCGUAGCAGAGAUGUUCAGUUUAACGAGGGUUACAUUACAGUCAGCAUAGAGAAAAGCAAGACAGACCAACUGAGGGAGGGCAGGUCAGUCGUUAUUGCUGAGUCCUCAUCUAUCACCUGUCCCUGUUCUUUACUUAAGCUGUAUAUGCAUAAGGCCCAGAUUCCUGAAAAUUCAGACGAGUAUCUUUUUAGGGCCACUUCAGCUUCGGGCAAUCACAAGCGCCUUAUCUCUGUAAACAAGCCGAUUUGUUAUUCUACCUAUAGGCAGUCCUUUAAGAAGUCUUUCGCGAAUAUUGUACCACAUAUCUCUAAGUAUAGCACUCAUUCAGCUAGGUCAGGUGGAGCUACUUUAGCUGCCAGCUCUGGCAUUUCAGAGAGGAAUCUUCAGCGCCAUGGUCGCUGGGCCUCAGUCACAGCAAAGAACAUUUAUGUUAAGGAUUCUCUUUCCAGUAGGCUAGAAGUUUCCAAGGCUCUGUUUCUCUGA